GAGAGAGAGAGAGAGAGAGAGAGAGAGAGAGAGAGAGAGAGAGAGAGAGAGAGAGAGAGAGAGAGAGUUAAAGUUCUAGAGGGGGUGGAGGAUGGAUGCAUUUGCACAAAGCGACAGCCUCCGCGGAUGAAGCAGGAAUGCUUGAGCACUGACAUCAGCUCAGAUAAGACGGAGGAGGUGGAGGAGGGGAGCCUGAGGGCUGCCGGUGGUCUCCCCUGAAAAAAAAACAAAAACAAAACCAAACAGCAGUGGACGCGUGCCGCUUUGCCUCCGAUUGAAGCUACUUUCAUGCGUGACAAACUUUUUUUUUGGCAGGGGGAGGAUUGAUUGGUUCCUGGGAGAGCCCAGAGUGGAGACUUUGUAGUGCUUGGAGGGAAGGAUGUUGCUGGACAAGGAGGACAGUGUGUCCCUGGUGUCCCUCCAGUCCAGAGAGAAGGCUCGAGCCUGUGCCGGGUGCAACGGGAAGAUCAGGGACCGCUUCAUGCUCCAGGCGCUGGACCGCUACUGGCACGAGGACUGUCUCAAGUGUGCCUGCUGCGACUGCCGGCUGGGCCGGGUGGGCUCCACCCUCUACACCCGAGCAAACCUCAUCCUCUGCCGUCGGGACUACCUUCGGCUCUUUGGCGUGACGGGGAAAUGCGCCGCCUGCACUAAACUGAUCCCCGCCUUCGAGAUGGUGAUGAGGGCGCGGGACAACGUUUACCACUUGGACUGUUUCGCCUGCCAGCUCUGCCGCCAUAGAUUUUGCGUGGGCGACCGCUUCUUCCUGAAGAACAACAUGAUCCUGUGCCAGUUGGAUUACGAAGGAGGCAAUCUUAAUGGCGAGGCACAGAGCCUGUCGCAGUGACAGGUGAAGAGGAGGACCAGUGAGAAGCAUUUUGGACCUUCUCUCUCCAGCUUGUUGUCGAACUGUUUGGAGGUCAAAAAUUUGGAAAAUGACAACACACAGACACAAUCUAAAGGAGCAAGCACUUAAAGGACAGAUCUCCAGCUUUGCGAGUCCAGUGUGGACAUGUUACAAACUUCUCCUCUAUUACUUCAUGUGCUUUUUUUUUUAAAAUAAAAAAUAUUUAAUGGCGAACUCUCACGCAAGGAGUAUCACACAAACGGACUGAAGGACAGUUUCUUCCUCAUUGCGACCAAAGACACUUUUACGUGUGCUUUUUGUUGUUGUUGUUGUUUGUUUUGGUUUUCUUCUCAACUGAAUGAACAACAUCAAUAUUGUUUAA